AUGAGUACAAGUAUAAAGUUAGGUCAUGAUCCUAUAGGCAAGAGCAUAGACCCCUCGUUAUACAGGAGUAUAAUAGCUAGUCUACUCUAUCUCACAGCCACUAGACCUGACAUAGCCUUCAGUGUUGGCGUGUGUGCGAAAUUUCAGGUGAAUCCUAAGGAAUCACAUUUGAGUGCUUCAGACGUAUCAUUAGGGACUCUAAUCUUGAUUUGGCCGGCUACUCCAAUGUUGAUUGGGCUGGUAAUGCUGAUGGUAGAAAGAGCACUUCUGGAAGUUGUUUCUACAUUGAUGCUGAGUGAUUAUGGGAUUAGUCAAGGGACCAUGACUCUUGUUGAAACUGGUGUUGUCUUCUUAGAUCAUAUCUCUACCAAGAACCAGUUAGCAGACCUAUUUACGAAACUGUUAGAUAGGAUGAGGUUUAAGUUGCUUAGGAAAGAUGUUGGUGUUUGUGUGCCUCUCUAA